GCUGCCAUCUUGCGUUCAGACUUGAGUUGACAUCACGUCUUGCCCCGUGGUGUCAUAGGAGUUGGAGUCAAAGUUGAUCCAGCACUUCCUGCUUUGAGGCUUUUGACGAAGAAGACAAAAAAGAUUCAGCCACAACCACAACAACCUAAAAAGUUGUUUUCCUGCCAAACCUUAACACCUCGAAGACACAGAAGUGAAUACCGACACAUAAUGUCCCUGAUGGAGCAUGGGGGAGUCUGGCCAAUCACAUCAGUGGCAUGGACCUCCAACACCAGCACCUGUCCCAAAGACUUCACCAUGAUUAGCAUCACAGAAGAUGGAGCAACAGCAAACUUUACACGCGGCUUUCCCAUGAAGUCUGGAUAUUACCUCUGUUACAACAAGAACUUGACAGGUGGUAUGGUAGUGUCAGACAUUCAGGUUAUUUCAGACAAGGACUCUAUUCCUCAUGGUUACUGCUAUAUAGCAGAGCACCUUGAACAGAAGGCCACUGUUUCAAAGAAGAAACGUGUUUGUGUGCGUAUAGUCCCAGUGGGCAGUGUGGACACAGCUGUGUUGGAUAUCAAAGUGACAGCCAAAAGCAAAAUGAUGUUGCAGCACUACACAUAUGUGGGAGACAUUAACAGCUACGUGCUGUGGUGCAGAAAGGGCCAUUUUUCCAGCCCCAUACCCAAAGCCAAGCCCCGCAGUUUGAGUUUGGAUAUGCGCACAAACUCAGUGGAGCAGCCAUUUGCUCUUCUGCCCCUCAGACCCAGCAACCCUCCUCAGCCACAGCCACCCAGUAAAGUGAGUCAAAGACGCCACUCCCUCCACCCCAUAGACCACUUUGAGAAACCUGCUGACAGCAGUAUCCAAGGAAUUACAGCUCUAGAUGGAGUUCCCUUUAGUCUACAUCCGAAGUUUGAUGUCCAUGCAGACAGCGUGACUCCUCGGCUGACCUCUCAGUUAAACAGUAUCCGUAUAAAGUCUGUCCAAGACAUUGAAAACGAGUAUAACUACACUUUUGCUGUAGAGGAAUCUGCUGCUAAGAGGACCAGACCAUCAGUGCCAGCAGGGGGCGCCUCAUCAGCCCAGUAAUCUUUGCAUUUCGAUGAAGCAACAGUAUCAGCUGUCUGGGUCUUCAAGAUGACAUCUCAAAACAUGUUACAGAUGAAGGAUAGUCAUACCUACAUUAAGGUUUAUAAUAUGAGGUUUUAAAGAGCUUCAGGUGUGUGGGAUUAAAAGGCUGUCUAUGGGCACUACAUGGGACUGACAGUCAUACUUGAAAAGCGAUUUCAAUGCUUUUGUUGUUUGGAUGCCAUGCCACGCUUUCCCCUUCACUACUUUUUAUUUGUCAGCUAUGUUAAAUCUGUAUUCUUAAUUUUCGAUCAUUCCAAGUUCCUGUUUGCCAAAGGAAAGGCCUGGAUGAGGUCGUACAUGUAAUUAUAUUGACUUUGCAUGUCUUUAUGCUGUUCACCUUUUCUAAGAAUGCAGGCUUUAAAGAUGUAAUGAAUCUAUGAAUAUGUACGGUAGCUACUGUUUGGGGCUACUCAUCUGCAGCAUUAAGCCCACUGUCUUCGCUUUUAAAUGCUUUAUUUUAAUUUUAGAAUAAUUUGAUGCUAAACGUAGAGCUGCACUCACCACUGAAAAUGGGUCUUAUCAAGAAUUUCUUAAGUGGACCUGUAUUAUCCAAUUGGUGCUUUCUUUGUGGACAAGCUGCAAGUGACGAUUCACUACACUUACAUAGGGGAGUGUAGGUAGGAUAUGUUGUGUUUCUUGUAUGAAGAGCAGCCUACUAUGAGGUUUGUAUGAUUCCUGUUGCAUUUUGUGGUGAAAGGAGAAACACACAAUAUUUUGCUUUGUGUUAACAAUAUAUGGGAAAAACUGGUGAAGGCCCAAAUAUCUCAUUACAUGCUAUAUACAUAUUUUUUAUUAGUUUUUUGUUGUUUUUAUGACUGUGUAGCAAAGUUAUUGCAUGGACAAAAAUAAAAACCAAAGAAACACUUCUCCAGGUGUGUUGGCUUACCUUAAAGGACAAAGUGCAUUUAGGCAGAUUUGAGAAUAUCUUUGUGACACACCUAUCUUUAGAUGAGUACAUAUUCUCAUGGUGAUGGCCUGACCUGCACAAUUCUGAACAUUAAGUCAUUAAAAUCAAAGAGAGCAAUGAUGCUGGUGGAAGUGAGCAUGUGGGCUAAGAAAUACGUGUCUAGAUCUGUAUGUGUUUGAUGUUAAUGAAGCCUAUGUGAACUCUUUAGCAGUGCUUCGCAUCACAGGAGUAUGAGCACAAAAUCCUGUUCAGGAACACCAGCUGUGGUUAAUACCUUACUAAACAGCACAUUUUUGUGACAAGACUUUUUCUAAGCUGUAAACGGCUUUUGUGGGUGUUUGUUAAUGGUAACACGCUGGCAAAGGCAGCAGCUCGUACGUUCACAGAGAACCUAUGAUAAAGAGAUUCUCUACAUUUGCUCUGCUGUAUAUAGAAACCCACAUGUUAUGUUGCAGAUGUAACUGUCAGUUUGUAGUCCCUCAGUGGUUCUGUGGUCUUUUCAUCUACACCAACAGGUC